CCUCCCAAGAAACUAAAAUUAAAAAUUAUUAAAAAUUAAAAAGAAAUAGCGAAGUCUUUUAUUUUUUUUAUCUCCAUCUACACAGAUCCCCUUUCUCUCUCUAGUUUCUCUCUCUGCAACACCACCACCUUCCUCUGUUUCUCGUUGCUCGGACACACACCAGAGACAAAUUUGGAGUAUAACCCUAGAACAAAUGUCUCAAACCCAUCUACUUCAAAUCAAAUCAAACACUCUCUUAAUGCUGUCACUGUAGAACUAGGGUUUCAAAACUGUGUCUAGAGGAGAGGUAGGUAGUAGGUGACUAGUAACUACCAUGGGUCUCUGCAUUUCCAAACCCAAUAUCUCUGAUAAUCAGCAAUCUGUGAAUGAGAGCAAUCCCAUUCCGGUUAAGGACAACGCUAAUCCAGCAAAAGAUAGUGUAAACCCAGUUGGUGAUGGUGAGAAUCAGAAGACCCAGGACGAGAAGAAGGAAGAGGUAGAGGUGGGUAAGAAAUCGCCGUUCUUUCCGUUUUAUAGUCCGAGUCCGGCGCAUUACUUGUUCUGGAAGAAGUCUCCGGCGAGAUCUCCGGCGAAUGCGAGCUCCAACUCGACUCCCAAGCGGUUCUUCAAGCGGCCAUUCCCGCCGCCGUCGCCGGCGAAGCACAUCAGGGCAGUGUUGGCGAGGCGGCACGGGACUGUGAAGCCGAACGAGGCGGCGAUACCGGAGGGGAGCGAGGCGGAUGGCGGUGGUGUCACCGGGUUGGAUAAGAGUUUUGGGUUUUCGAAGCAUUUUGGCAACAAGUAUGAGCUCGGAGAUGAGGUUGGAAGAGGCCAUUUUGGGUAUACUUGUAAGGCGAAGUUCAAGAAGGGUGAGCUUAAGGGUCAAGAUGUUGCAGUUAAGGUCAUCCCAAAAGUAAAGAUGACGACUGCCAUAGCCAUUGAGGAUGUUAGACGGGAGGUGAAAAUAUUGAGAGCUUUGACAGGGCAUAGCAAUUUAGUACAAUUUUAUGAUGCAUAUGAAGACCAUGAUAAUGUCUACAUUGUGAUGGAGUUAUGUGAAGGCGGGGAGCUUUUGGAUAGAAUACUUUCAAGGGGUGGGAAAUACACGGAAGAUGAUGCAAAGGUUGUCAUGAUACAAAUUUUGAAUGUUGUUGCAUUUUGCCAUCUCCAAGGUGUGGUGCACCGGGAUCUUAAACCGGAGAAUUUCUUGUUCAUGUCGAAGGAUGAGAACUCACAACUAAAGGCCAUAGAUUUUGGUUUGUCAGAUUUUGUAAAGCCAGAUGAAAGGCUUAAUGACAUUGUGGGCAGCGCAUACUAUGUAGCACCCGAAGUUCUACAUAGGUCAUACAGUACAGAGGCUGAUGUGUGGAGUAUAGGUGUUAUAGCAUAUAUUCUAUUGUGUGGCAGCCGUCCAUUUUGGGCUCGAACUGAGUCUGGGAUAUUCCGUGCUGUUCUAAAAGCUGAUCCAAGUUUUGACGAAUCACCUUGGCCAUCUCUAUCUUCUGAGGCAAAGGACUUUGUGAAACGCCUAUUGAACAAGGACCCACGAAAAAGAAUGACUGCUGCUCAAGCCCUAAGUCAUCCAUGGAUUAAAAAUAACAAUGACAUAAUCGUGCCCCUGGAUAUACUAAUUUUUAAACUCAUGAAGGCUUAUAUGCGUUCAUCUUCUCUUCGGAAAGCUGCUUUACGGGCUUUGUCUAAAACAUUAACAGUAGAUGAGCUGUUUUACUUGAAAGAGCAGUUUGCCUUACUGGAACCAAACAAAAAUGGCUCCAUUAGCUUGGAAAAUAUUAAAGCGGCCUUGACAAAAAGUGCAACGGACGCUAUGAAGGACUCUCGUAUUCAUGAUUUUCUAGCAUCAUUUAACGCACUUCAAUACAGAAGAAUGGAUUUUGAGGAAUUCUGUGCUGCUUCAGUAAGCGUCUAUCAGCUUGAGGCUCUUGAAAGAUGGGAGCAACAUGCUCGUUGUGCUUAUGAAAUUUUUGAGAGGGAUGGAAAUAGGGCUAUUGUCAUUGAUGAACUAGCUUCUGAACUAGGCCUUAGCACAUCUGUCCCUGUUCAUGCCGUUCUCCAUGACUGGAUUAGGCACACGGACGGAAAACUGAGUUUUCUUGGGUUUGUCAAGUUGUUGCAUGGUGUGUCUAGCCGGUCCCUUGUAAAAGCUCAAUGAUACUUCAAGCCAAGGCGUUGUCCCUUACUACAGGCUAUUCUGUGCUGCGUCCAAUAAAGAUACCGGUAAGAGGCGGUCAAGACCCUUCUCAGGCCUUCAUUUUUCGGAUUUAGCACGAACUGCAAAUGUGGCGCAGCAUGGUUCGCUUUGGGACUGGUGUACGGCACAAGCUUGUUUGCGCCUAUACUACUAUGGACAGCACCAGUUGUGCUACUUCAGCGAUAAAGCCCAUUCACUUGUGUGUUCCACUGUAAAGUUGUAGUUUAAAUUGUGUCUUGAUUGUAGUUGAAAACAUUUUUCAGCUGGUUAUGGAACACGGUUGUAGCCGAUGUUCUGAAAUAUAUUGGACGGGUCAGCUCCUGCCAUUGCCUUGUAUCAUCUGCUGUGUUCGAUUUACGUUCUACCUAAGAGUUAUCAAUUCAAUUUCAUUGUUUUCCCCGUGAAAUCAAA